AGGGUGCAAAAGUGUAUUUGCUUUGGAAGAAUAAAUCCCCUCCAAUGUUGAGUGUCCUUCAUGUGUGGGAUGUUGGUGCAUUACGUAAAACUAUUAGAAUCAUUUUUUCACAUUUUAAAAUGGGGUGCCUCAAGACUGUCCAUCAUUUUAAAGGGUGCCUCAAGACUGUCCAUCAUUUUAAAUGGGUGCCUCAAGACUGUCCAUCAUUUUAAAGGGUGCCUAGGGACUGUCCAUCAUUUUAAAGGGUGCCUGCCUCAAGACUGUCCAUCAUUUUAAAGGGUGCCUAGGGACUGUCCAUCAUUUUAGAAUGGGGUGCCUCAAGACUGUCCAUCAUUUUAAAGGGUGCCUCGGGACUGUCCAUCAUUUUAGAAUGGGGUGCCUCAAGACUAUCCAUCAUUUUAAAGGGUGCCUCGGGACUGUCCAUCAUUUUAGAAUGGGGUGCCUCAAGACUAUCCAUCAUUUUAAAGGGUGCCUUGGGACUGUCUAUUUUAAAUGGUGCCUCAAGACUGUCCAUCAUUUUAGAAUGGGGUGCCCCAAGACUGUUCAUCAUCUUAAUGGGUGC